AUGGAUAUAGCACCUGAUUUAAGCCAUUUAACAGAAGAUGAACGAAAAAUAAUUGAAGCUGUUAUUAAUCGGCAAAAAGCUGAAGAACAACGCGAUGCUGUGGCUUUACAAUCACGUAUGGACGAUUAUUCAGCUCCAGUUGCUAUGGCUGGCCGACGAUAUUCACAACAGACUAAAACAUCUGCUCAUGGGAGUUCAUCGAAUGAAUCAGGUGUUUGUUGUGAAAUAUGUGAAAAAACAAAAUUUGUUGAUGAACAAUCUGCACGUCAAUGUUCGAUAUGUAAAAAACGUUUUUGUGUACGAUGUGGUGUACGACUAAAAGGACAUCAAUAUAAUAAGACAUUUUGGCUUUGUAAUUUAUGUCGACAAAAACAAGAACGAUACUUUUCUUCACGAAAAUUAAUUCCAACAACAAGUUCUGUAUCGCAAUUAACAACAACAUCGAUUAAUACAAAUAAUAUUAAUAAUGAAAACACAAAAAAUAUUUCGAAACAAUACGUUUCCGAUUAUAUUCUAUCACAGCCAUUUGAUACAAAUGAAAAAGAACAUGAAAAUAUUAAAAUAAAUAAAAAUGGUGCUAACAAAAAAUCGAAUCCAACUGCAAUACCACAACGUAAACGGCUACUUCCAACAACACACAUAAGACGUCAACCACAAAACGAAUCGAAAGACGAUUCAAGUUCCGAACAAGACGACGGUGCUGUUUCAUCGCCGGAUUCAGCUUCAGUUAAUGAUGAUAAUGAAUCGGUACCACUAGUGAACAAGAAUGAUGAAGAUGUUCUUUCAUUGUUGCCAGUAUCACGUUCGGCUCAUAAUCCACAAAUCCGUUUAAAAGAAUUUCAAUAUCUUUCAUUCGAAGAGAAAGAUAUUGAACCUGAAACAACAUGGAAAGAUUCAGGCGUUGAUACAGCUAGUUCAAGUACAAUACCUAAUGCUGUAUCGAUUGAUCCAUAUAAAAAGCCAACAACUACUUGGCGUUUUAAUGAAAAUCGUACAGAACAAAUUGGUUACGUCCAUUUAAAAAAUAAUACCUGGACACCAUCAAUACGUGAUGAAUAUGAACAGGGGAAAAUUAUCAAAGGAGAUAUCUUCACUGCAUUAGGUUUAAAAGUUCAAGGUGGCAUUUGUCAAGAGAACGAAGAUGGAAAUGUUACUAUGAUUGCUGAAAUAACUGAAGUUACACCGGGUAGUAUAGCUGAUAAUUGUGGACAAUUACAAAUUGGCGAUCAAGUUCUCGAAUGGAAUGGAAAGAAAUCAACUAAUUUGAAUUAUAAUGAAGUGUAUCAAAUAAUUUCAAAGAACUCCUUGCAAUCACCAGAUAUUCAUAUGAUUAUUAAAAGGCCGAUCAGAUAUUCAACAUUGCCAAGUAAUGAACAGUCAUUAACAACUCCUAUUACAACUGUAUCAUCACAAGGUAAAAUCAAGUUUUAUGCGGCCUAUUCUAGUAAUUAA